CUGGAGUUAAAGCCCAAUCUGCUGGAAAGAUCACUGAGAGUAACAUUCCUCUGUUUAUAGAGACCAAAGCUGAGAUGAUACAGGAUGAGAUGAAAACUCUUGAAGAUAAGACUAACCUUCUUCUUGAUGACCUUGUUGUUGGAAGUAGCUCAAAGAUAUUUCAGCCUGAUGAGAAUAAAGAUAGUUGUGAUGGAUCCUUUUCCCCAAAUGUUUGUAAAAUAGAUGAAAAGAAAUCAAGCACAGGUGAAGAUAUCGAGGACCUUAAUAACGUUAGCAAGAACUUGAACAGGAUUAAUCAGGACACUUAUCUGCUUGAUCCAGAAGGAAACCAGCUAACUCCUGAAGAAAGGAAGGUUGCUAAUCAUGUGUAUGAUAUUUUACAAUGGUCAUGAAUUGACAACCAUAAAUCAUUUAACUUAACACCAAAGGAUACGCUAGAUAUAGAAUUGAUCAAUCCUAACAUCAGGGAUACUUUAUCAUCAUUAGGGUCAAUUAAAUGUAAAGAUCCAGAAAAGGUGUUUAAGCCUCCAAGAAGCAUUAUUUACCAAGACAAGGAAUAUCUCUUUCAUAAAUUUUCAGGUAAAAACUUUGCCUUUGUCAAGUAUAAGUGAGUGGAUUAUCAUAGAUGAAGAGGCUCGAUAAAGAUGAGUUCAAUAGAUCCUCUCAAGCCGGUUGAGCUUAUUAGACCUCAUGUCUCCGAUUGAAGAUCAGAUAGUUUUGGAUGGAAAAGUCAAGAGUCAUUGCCAAAGUAUUAUGAAGUUCAAGAGAAGUAUAAUUUCAUAGUAGAUUAUGAGAUAGCUCAAGCAGCAGAUACAACUGAGCAUCCAAAUAGCAUUAUCAAAAGAUUGGAAUUAAAAGCAAAGGAUAUGGCUAUAGAAGAAGGAACUUAUAUUUUCCCUCCAGAUAGAAUCAAUUUCAUGAAAGCUCUAAAGCGAGAACGUCACAAACUUCUUUACCACCCAAACCUAUGCUUCACUAAAAACAAAGAAAAAUUCCUCCGCUUCACCUACAGCAUCAACGACGAAAACGAGAUAAUGCAGCAAUGAAUCCUCUGGAUCUCCGACAGUAAGCUAAAACUCCUCAACAGCUUCCCCCAAUCCUUCAUCUCCCUCUCCUACACCAAGAUCCCUUCCUCCUUCCAAGUCCUGCUCACAAUCCUGACCUACUGCAAGACCACCCAUCUCUUCCACCCCUGCGCCUUCAGCCUGCUCACCACAGACAGCUGUCCCGCCCUCUACACCCACUUAUUCACAUACCUCUCCCAAUCCCUCUCCUUCCCCCCCUCUACCCUGACCCUCCCCCUCCACUCAACCCUCGUCCCCACCCUAAAACCCCUCUUCCCCUCCACCCUCCUCAUCGGCUGCUUCCACUCCCUCCUGCACAAACUCUACACCUACACCCAAAUUUCCCACUACAAAACCCAUCCACACCUAAAAUCCUUCUUCGCUUGCGUACAAAAAUCCCAUUUCCGCUACAGUUCCCUUAAGAAAUCCCUAGCUUUCACCAAAAGUUCACUAGAAAACACCGGAAAUUCCGGUGUUUUCAGUGAACUUUUUGGGGAAUUUAGGAAAAUUGUAGGGGAAUUUGGGGAAAUUUUGGAUUAUUCAGUGGUGAAGCGGGUCAGUUGUGAGAUGGGAGAGAGAGUGGAGAGGACAGGAGGGGAGAUUAGGGAGUUUGUGAAGGGGAUAAUGGAUGUGGAAGGGGUCCAGGAGGGGGAAGUGGGGGUUAAGUGGGAGGAGUGGGGGAAGGAGAGGAUGGAAGUGGAGAGAAGAGCGAAGGAGAGAGCGGAUAUGGUGCUUUUGGAUAGUGAUGUGGAGAUUGAUCCCCCGCUGAGGCAUUAUCAUUGUAGGGGGAGAAAGCCGUUGAUGAAUUUGUUGGUGGAGAAGAAUGUGAUAGGGGAGUUUGGAAGGAAGAGGAGAGAGGAUGCAGGAAAAGCAAGAGCGAUGGAGAAAAUUGAGUAUGAAAAUAGGUAUCCCGUUCCGGUUGACGGGAAAUUGUUCCUUGUGCAUAAGGUAGCCAGGAAAAGAAUACUCAGACAGAGAGUUGAUAAUACUCCAACUAUAAAAGAUGAACCUUCAAUAUAAUUUCUUUCUAAA